AUGUUCGAAGGUAACGUUACAACUACGAUACCCUUCGAUUUUGAAACGGGUGCGACCUGUCUUUUAGAGAUCGAAACUGCCCAUUUCAACAAUAAGGUACUCGUUCAAAUAAGAUUCAAUGGCGAGCUCGACACAUGCAUUGAGGUCAAGUCAAGAGGUUUACCUAACCGCAGUUUUGACACAGCUCGCUUUAACGGCAACGGUAUGAAUCACAGUGCUCAACAACAAGAAGAAAAUAACGAUGGCGAAAGCGAUGAGGACGAAUUUGACUAUACCCUCGCAGAAGAUUCCUUAUCCAAUUACCAUAUUUCAACGAGAUUGGGAGACUCUAACAACAUGAAGCUACCAAUCGUUUGUUCCCAGAUUGCGGAAUUAUAUUAUAAAGCUAUUUUCCCCUCCUGUGCAAACGACCUAGAAGAAGUGUCUCCCGUGGGAGAUUUUGUCAUAUCCCUUAGUAGCAAGCUCUUCGGAAGCAAUUCGACAUAUGACGACUUCGAGAUGCUUCUGAUGCUACUGCGGAACAUCAGGGAAAUGUACACUUGA